AUGGCUAGUCGCCAGCAACAAAUAGACAAGGUAAAUCAGCUUAUAGACUUCACUGGACUGAGUGAAAGAGAGUGUGCCCGAAUGCUGAAAGCAUGCAACUGGGAUAUCAACAUGGCAUUGAACCAUGUAUACGACCAGCAAGCACUACAUCGUCAACAACAGCAGCAACAGGGCUCUAAACCAUCCAAAGCGUAUACCCAGAAUAUCAAUAAACUGUUUGAUGCCUACAAAGACAACCAGAAGCCCGAUUUGAUCACGGUGGAUGGCACCAUGCAGCUAUGUCAAGAUCUCGAGAUUGAGCCUACUCAAUUGGAGUUUCUGUUAAUAUCGCAUCAAUUGGGAUCUGAGAGAAUGGGUGAAUUUACACGCGACGCAUUUACAAAGGGAUGUCUUGAAUUACAGGCUGAUACAGUUCAGAAAUUAAAGCAAGCACUGGAUAUAACAUUGAAGCAGCAAUUUGAGACAGACCAAGGGUUUAGAAAAAUCUACAGUUACGCUUUUUUGUUGGGUAGACAAACAGGCCAAAAGAGCUUAUCAUUGGAAGCUGCUAUUGAACUGUGGAGGCUACUGUUGACAGAUAGAUUUAGCUUGCUGGAACAAUGGAUCAAGUUUUUGGAAGAAAAGCACGGCAAAGCCAUCUCUCGUGAUACAUGGAACUUGUUUCUUGAUUUUGCGAGUCAACAGAACCUAGAUAUGAAAGCGUACGACUCGGAAGGAGCUUGGCCCAUAUUGAUCGAUGAGUUUGUAGAAUACAUGCAGCAACAAUAA